GGAAAUCUCCACUGUGUUCUUAUGGUUUUGCUAUGUCUUGGAAACCCCGACUCUCAGGUUCACUUCCUCUCUUUCUCGCGUGUAUAUAAGCCUGUACACAGAUACUUCUCUGACAUAAACUUCCAUACUUUGCUUGUGAUCACUCUGCCUUCAGAAUGACUAUCUCACUACAUCCAGUCAGCUCAGAAGACCUGGAGAACCAGAAAACUUCAACAAGGACCUGCCGAUGCCUUGAUUAUUGUCUUGUGAUCUCAAUGGUGCUGCUCACUAUGGUAGUGGGAUCAAUGGGUGUCUUUUAUAUGACCUGGGAGAGACCUCACAUGGAGAAAAGUACCAGCGAAAGGAUCCAAAGAGACAGACUGAGAAACAGUGCUCAGCUUACAAUUGCUUCUGCACAAAUAGCUGACAAGGACAUCCGCUGGAAUACAAAUAAUUUGCAAGGCACCUUUCUGGGACAAGACUUCUCCUAUGAUAACGCAACUCAAGAGCUUUUGGUGAAAAAUGAGGGCUAUUACUACAUAUAUUCCCAGAUAACUUUGAAAUGUGUCAGCAAGAACAGUUGUUCUAAUGAACAUGUGUCCCUCUCAGUCUUGAAGAACAAUCAAGAUUCAGUUCUAAAGUUACAGAUCCACGUUGACAAGAAUCGCAAACUUUCAUCCUUCUCUGCAAAUAUCCGAUAUAUUUCUGCUAAUUCAAAACUCAAAGCACAGUUUGAGACCAGCGGAAAAAUCACAGAUUGGCAGCUGGAUGAAAACAGCUUCAUGGGCCUUUUUUUGUUCAGCGAAUAUUCACUAGAUGAAUUGCAAAGUGCUUAAAUCCCAAGAGAAUGAAGUGGAAAUGUUCAUCAGAAGAUGCAUAAAGCACUACUAGACUACUUACAGACAUGAAAAUGCUGUACAUGUUAUUACCUUCCCUCUGGUUUCAUACGUUGAGGAUGUUUCGCUAAGUAUUGUGUUGAGUACACAAGCUGGAGAGGUGGCCAAGAGCUUCCUCCAUUCAGUAAAUGUACUUUGACCAAAGAUUAUUUGAUCACUACGUGAUACCUUUUAAAAUGUUUGAUGUAGAUUUGGAGCCUCACUCUAGCAUCUAGAGUUGGCUGAGAAUCCAAAAACAUAUUUAGUCUUCUACAGAGAAUGAAGAAGACUAUAGCUCAGUUAAGUAAAGCAUGCUGCUUUAAAUUUCAGUAAAGGUGGCACUUUCUCAAAAUGAAAAUAUAGGAAUAUUUCCAGAAUGUAUUUGAAUAUCUUUCUGUUGUAUCAUCUACCGUUUUCCUCAACAUGGCCAUGGCAUUCUACCGUUUUCGUCAACAUGGCCAUGGCAUUCUACCAUUUUCCUCAACAUGGCCAUGGCAUUCUACCAUUUUCCUCAACAUGGUCAUGGCAUUUUUCCCUUUUCCUCAACAUGGCCUUGGCAUUCUUCCCUUUUCCUCAACAUGGCCAUGGCAUUCUACCGUUUUCCUCAACAUGGCCAUGGCAUUCUACCCUUUUCCUCAACAUAUUUCUCUUCCCGUCUUCAUCUAUUCUUCUUUCUUAUUCUUUUUUUUUUUACAUUUCUUUUUUUGAGAAAUCCGCCACCUUAAAGAAUGUAUUGAUGUGCUAUUGUAUUUAUUCAUGAUGAAUUUUAAGUCAUUGUGUGUACUAGAUAAUAUACACUUAAUAUUG